AAGUGCUCUCUGACGUAUUAGUGGGCCAAAGGUCACAGAACAUUCGCCUGCCACAUACUCUUCAGUCGCACUUGUUUGUUUUCGUCCAGUCCAACACAGAUACAGCUUUCGGAAACCGAGAUCAGGGAGAAGACAUGGCACGUCUGGUGGCUGUUUGCAGAGACGGGGAAGAGGACUACCUUUUCCUUGCACGCCAGAUUCCCCUUUACAUCGACGACACUCUUAUGAUGGUGAUGGAAUUUCCUGACAGUAUUCUGGACGUCAACAGCCAUCAGAUCAACAGUUCACAAAUGAAGCAGUUUGUCGAGCAUUACAGUAUGCUGAAGCAGCAGGACCUGAAUAUGGCAUUGAUGGUGAUGUCGCGUGAGGUCUUCAGCGCUCUGGCACAGCUGGUGCCGUGUGUGGGCUGCCGGCGGAGCGUGGAGCGUCUGUUUUCUCAGCUAAUAGACUCUGGAUACUUUGCAAUGGAACCCCUCACUGUAGGAUCUUCUGGAGUGUUGUCAGUCACACAGGCAUGUCUCACAGACCCCAGGAAACUCUACACACUCUUUUAUGUUCAUGGGUCGAAGUUAAACAAUAUUAUUGAUGCCAUCCCAAAGAGUAAAAAGAACAAACGCUGUCAGCUGCACUCGUUAGACACGCACAAACCCAAGCCUUUAGGGGGCAGCUGGAUGGACGUGUGGGAGCUGUUGUCACAGGAGUGUCGUGAUGAGGUGGUUUUGAUUGACAGCUCCUCUCUACUAGAAACUCUAGAGACAUACCUGCGGAAACACAGGUUCUGUACUGACUGUAAGAACAAGGUUCUGAGAGCGUAUAACAUCCUGGUGGGAGAUCUAGACUGCACUAAAGAGAAGGGCUACUGUGCGACUCUGUUCGAGGGUUUACGCUGCUGUCCACAUGAGCGGCACAUUCACGUCUGCUGUGAGACUGACUUCAUCGCUCACUUACUGGGCCGAGCAGAACCAGAGUUUGCAGGAGGUUACGAGCAGAGAGAGAGACACGCAAAGACCAUAGACGUCGCACAGGAGGAGGUGUUGACCUGUCUAGGAAUUCAUCUGUACGAGCGACUGCACAAAAUCUGGCAGAAGCUGCGGGCAGAGGAGCAGACGUGGCAGAUGCUUUUCUAUCUUGGCAUUGACGCUCUACGCAAAAGCUUCGAGAUGGCGGUGGAAAGGAUGCAGGGCAUCAGCAGGUUGGAGCAGCUCUGUGAGGAACUGUCAGAAGAGGAGAGGGCAAAAGAACUCAAACAGGAGAAAAAGAGGCAAAAACGCAAGAACAGACGUAAAAACAAGUGCGGCUUUGAUAUGACCGAACAAGAAAUGGAGGGGGUGAAAGACAAAAGUCUUGAUGAGGGUUCAUCAGAGUCAGUUGACCGUGGUUGUAAGUCGUGUGGUAGUGGUGAGGAAUCUGGAGGAAGUGUGGAAGUUAUCACCAGAGAGAACUCCUCCUGUACCUGCCCUGCAGCCUCCAUCCUGCACUCCCCUAAAACCAAGAAAGCACUGUUGCCCCACAGUAAUGGCAGUGACUGUGGCUACUGUUCCAGUAUGGAGGGCAGUGAGAUGGGCUCUAGAGAGGGCUCAGAUGUGGCCUGCACUGAGGGCAUGUGUAACCAUGAUGAAACGGGUGAAUUUUCAUGUGGUCACCACUGCUUGGAGGAGAAAGAGGAGGAUGCUGUGGACAGCUGUGUGGAGUGUUGGGCCAACACUGAAGAAAACGCAAAGGGCAAGAUUAAAAAAAAGAAAAGAAAAAACAAGGGGUCAUUGUGUUUGUGUGAUCAUGGAUCUAAAGCAGAGGAGAGCUGUGUAUCUGACAGCAGUAGAGGAUCUGCCGUUCUCAAGUCUUCCUCCUCUUUGUCUCAUCUGUGCAGAAACAAAGAAACUCUGUGCUGUGAAUCCAUAGCUAGCUGCAGACAUCAUCACGGUCAGCAUCUCUCACCAGACACCUGUGAACAUGGAGACGGCAGUGCCAAGAGCCUCAUUGAGUUACUGAAUGAAUCCGAUGUGACCUCAGAAGACGAGAACUGUCUGACACCGGACGAGAUCCAAUCGUUUGUAGAGAACAACAGAUCGUUCUAUCGCACACGGGACCAGUACAGACAGCACCUGAAAGACCGCUUCACCAAAUACUGCCGCUCAAACUUGUGUAGCAGAGAGUGGCUGUCCUCGACCAGCAUCAACUAGACCGCACACUAACUCACUUAUUUUUAAAGACCGUAAAACACUCAAAUGAUCACCACUGCUUUGGGUAAAUAAAUUAAAAUAAAAAAUAGGGACGAGAAUAGUGUCAACCUUGAAAAGUUACAUGUGUUUGCCAUCUAUAAAUGUCUUCUCCUUCAAGCACAUCAUCUUUCACUCCGAAUCCUUCUCAACCAAUCACAGCUGGCUUUGUUUUCUUUCUCUUGCGGCACACUGAUUAGGGAGCAGGUUAUUAAAUGAUGAUCAAGCUUGCAGGCCUUGACUGUAGGUUUAGAUGUUGGUAGUCUUAAUGUAUUGUUUGUAAAACAUUUGUUUUGUUUUUCUUUUCAAACUAUUUCACUGACUGUGACAAUUUUAGUGGCAAAAAUUGUACCAAUAAAUGUGUACAGAAAUGAAAGUAUCUGAAUGAAAAGAUUUUACAGACAUUUAUAAAGAAAUGUGGAUGUAAUGAGCGCAAUGUGAAGAAUUUACAUAAUAAAGACUAUUUAUU